UUUAAUUUGUUUAUAUAUUUUCGUUAAUAAUAGUUAAUACAUAUAAUGUUAACAAUUUACAUAAUAACUCAGAUAGUGUUAUCAUUUUUCAGUAUUGCGACAUGUCAAGAAGCCUGCGAAACCCCGAAUCGACGCGAAGGGCGUUGCGUACAACGGCAAGAGUGUCGCAGUUUCAAUGAUUACUUCACUGAAGAUCGUAUUCUCAACCAAGAUGAGCUUAACUUUGUACAACGAUCACGAUGCAGUCUAAACCCUCCGAAAAUUUGUUGUCCUGAUAGAGUUAGACAUGUUGCGAACACCACAACGGAGACAUCUACAUCAACCACCACCGCCAGGACUACUCUUGCUGUAUCGAGUGGCUUGCUACCGGAUCCGUCCCAAUUCGAAUGUGGACUGGACAUGUUGGUAGACAAGAUUCUUGGUGGCUUCGACACCAGCUUGGAGGAAUUCCCAUGGUUAGCCCUGCUCAACUAUGUCAACCGAAAAGGCGUUGAGGCAUUCAAGUGUGGUGGAUCGCUGAUCAACCGUCGGUAUGUUCUUACAGCGGCACACUGUUUGGACAAUGAGCACCUAGAUGCUGGAGAGCGAUUUGUCAACAUACGUCUUGGAGAUCACGACACUUCUAAUGAAAUAGACUGUGACGAAGAAGAUGAACUCUAUCGCAUUUGUGCCGAUCCACCGCAGAAUAUUGGCUUUGAAGAUAUUAUUAUACACCCCGGUUACAGUAAAACGGACCCCAAUCAGCACCAUGAUAUCGCGUUGAUCAGACUGGAGCGAGAUGCCGUGUUGAAUUCAUUUGUAACUCCGGUUUGUCUGCCAGAUGCAUCCUUUGCUGGCUCUCGACCAGGCCGGAAAGUGUCUAUCACAGGAUUUGGUCACACCGGGCAACAACGUUUUAGCGGGAUAAAACAGAAAGCUGUGGUUCCGAUCGUUGAUCAACAGCAAUGUAGACAAAAGUGGUCAAAGAUUACAAUCGGCGAGGGGCAACUGUGUGCUGGCGCUGAAUUCAAUAUCGAUUCGUGUUCAGGAGAUUCAGGUGGGCCACUUAUGAGCCAAAAGCUGUACUGGACCAUUGAGGGAAUCGUUUCGUUUGGUCAUAAAUGUGGACUGGAAGGAUGGCCAGGAGUUUAUACGCGAGUGACUAGCUAUGUAGACUGGAUUAAGAGCAUGAUAAAAGAAUGAUCGCAAUGUUAUUUAUAGCGAGAAAUUGUCGAAACGUUACCUUUAUAUUGAAAUUUAAAUA